CAAAAUCUGAUGAACGCCACCUUUCAUCGUGACUACCUAGGUAGAUAUAGGUCACCCCAAAGGGCAUAAGUAGAAGCGAUGAUGAUUCCAGCAAAACAAUUAAUCCCCUUUCUAGUUUAUCGACACCAAAGUCCGGCGUAUUCCCUUGGCUCCUACAUACGGUGUGGGAUUACCGAUUAUGCAGACACAGCCCGCGUUUUGAUGUUACGCAUGUACAGGAAGGAUGUAGGCUUCAGCUUAAUGGCUUCAUUGAAGGAAGUUGCCUAUAUAGAGCUACAGCUCGCAUUGAUUGUGAAGUUGACUACUAGCUAGUACAGAAGUCUUUCCUCAUCUUGUUCCUGUUCAUAGCAGCAAUCGUACUUGUCAAACUCGCAAUAACCCGCGUAGCCAUGUCUCGACAAGUAUUUGCCCAUUACAUGGUUGGCCUCACCAACGGCCAGUCACAGAACCAAUGGCAGAAGGACAUAUCGGAGGCCAAAGGGGCGGGCAUCGACGGUUUCGCUUUGAACGUCGGGUCGGCUGACUCGUGGAACGGCCAGCAGUUGCAGCUAGCUUAUAACACGGCUUCGUCUAACGGCUUCCACCUGUUUUUGUCCUUCGAUAUGGCCGCUAGCUCCUGGUCCGUUGACCAAGUGGUCGCCCUCAUCAACCAAUACAAGGGCGCAGGCAGCCAGCUGAAAGUCGACGGAAAGCCCUUUGUUUCCACAUUUGAAGGGCCCAGUUGGGCUGAUAAUUGGGCUGCCGUACGUUCUGCUACUGGUGGUAUCUUUUUGGUGCCAGACUGGUCUUCCUUGGGAGCUCAGGGAGUCGCAGGCAAGCUUGAUAAAAUUGAUGGUGCCUUUAACUGGGGCGCAUGGCCAAAUGCCAAUGACUACACCAUAAACACUGGUAAUGAUCAAGCAUAUAAGUCGGUUCUCAAGGGAAAGGCGUACAUGAUGGGCGUCAGCCCUUACUUCUACACUGAUCUUCCCCAAUACAACAAGAACUGGUACUCGUCUAGCGAUUCUCUGUGGUACGAUCGCUGGAAGCAAGUCUUGGAUAUCAUGCCGCAAUAUGUCGAAAUCAUCACCUGGAACGAUUAUGGCGAGUCUAGCUACAUUAAUGACCCCAUUCCGGCGCAGAUUGUGAAUGGUGCUCAAGCCUACGUCAACGGAUUCGGACACUCGGCAUUUCGCUUCGUUUUGCCUUACUUUAUUAGCGCCUUCAAAGCCGGCAAUGCGAAUGUGCAGCUGCCUACUGAAGGUGCUGUUGCAUGGUACCGGACCACACCUGCGUCAGUUUGUGGUGAUGGUGGAACGGUUUGGGGCCAAGGGGGAAAUACUUCAGCAGUAAAGGGCACGAAAGACGUAAUUUCGAUCAUUGCCUUGUCUAAUGGGCCCAAAAGUAUUCAAGUUUCCAUUGGAGGCUCAAGACAAACCGUAAACCCCUCGAACUCGUUCGGUAAAGCUUUCUUUUAUCAAGUUCCUUUCAACGGUAAGACUGGUGCCGUCACUAUCACGAUGAACGGGAAAUCGACGAAGGGGCCAGAAAUCUCGAACAGUUGUCCAUCCUCAGGCCACGUCAACUUUAACUCGGUUGCGAUUCAGCUGUGAGGAUUCGCGGUAUAGGAUAGGGGCGGUGGAACAAAGUGUAUUAUGCUUGGAACUUUCUGAUUCUCGAUCCAACCCUUACUCUUGGGGUAGGUAGGUCAUUUUGGAUAUUGUCAUUCUUUAGAUAAAUCAAGUACGACCUAUACAUAGAUUAGGUAGUCAGGAUGGUAUUAUUUGCAUUGUAGGUUCAAUGUUAUACGCC